AUGACGACGACCCAUUCCCAAGUGAUCCACCACCGACGAUUGUGGCCAUGGCUACCACAAGAUUCUGGUCCAGGCCCACCACCUGAUCCAUCACCCCCACCGCCUGAUCCAUCACCAAAGAACCAAACUCCACCGGCAGUGUUUUACUUUGGUGAUUCAAUCAUCGACACAGGAAAUAAUAAUAAUCUAACAACAGAAAUGAGAUGUGAUUUUAGACCCUAUGGCAUUGACUUUCCUACGGGAGUUGCCACCGGUAGAUUCAGCAAUGGAAAGGUCGCUUCUGAUUAUAUAUCGGGAUAUUUUGGACUAAAACCGAUCGUACGAGCAUAUUUGGAACCCAACGUACAAAUAGAAGAACUUCUCACUGGCGUAUCAUUUGCUUCGGGUGGUAGUGGCUAUUACCAUUUAACACCCAAAAUAUCAAAUGUAAGGUCACUGUUGGAGCAGUUAGAAUAUUUUGAGCAAUAUAUAGAGAGACUAAAGAGGUUAGUAGGGAAAGAUAAGACUGAUCACUUAUUAGCCAAGGGCUUAGCCAUUGUGGUCGCAGGCAACAAUGAUCUGCUUAUUACAUACUAUGGUCAAGGUGCUCAAUCGCUUAGAUACGACAUUCACAACUUUACAUCAAUGAUGGCUAAUUCUGCCGCAAGUUUCGUUAUGCAGUUACAUGGACAUGGAGUAAGACAAAUAGCAGUGUUAGGUACACCACCACUAGGAUGUGUACCAUUACAAAGAACCAUAAAGGGAGGUCUUCACAGAGAUUGUUAUCAAGAUCUAAACUAUGCAUCUCAGAUUUUCAAUGCCAGACUCUCCAUCAAGUUGGAUCAAUUGGCUUAUGCCCUACCAAAUUCAAAUGUCUUCUACAUCGACAUCUACUCUCCUUUCAGUGACAUCAUGAAAAACUCACAAGAUUAUGGGUUUGAGGAAGUAACGAAAGGAUGUUGUGGAACUGGACUUGUGGAAGCAGGCUCAGGCAAUUAUAGCUUGAUGUAUGAAGCCAUUUUUCGAAGAAGAUCAUAA